UGAACAGAUUACACAUCAGUGAACAUCGCUUUAUCUGACCAUAACUCAGUAAUAAAAUCAACCAGAAAAAAACCAGGUCUACGCAGACUCACAUACAAAAAGCCAAUAUGGCGGAGCCCAAGGCCACAACAAAACCAAGAACAGUUUGCUGCGUGGGCGAUAUCCAUGGCUACAUAACAAAGCUGCAAAAUUUGUGGUCUAAUCUUGAAAAUACCGUGGGCCUAUCUGAGUUCCAAACAGCUCUAAUCAUUUUCUUGGGUGAUUAUUGUGACAGGGGGCCUGAUACCAAGAAAGUGAUUGAUUUCUUGAUAUCUCUGCCGUCAAAAUACCCUAAUCAAUCUCAUGUUUUCCUCUGUGGCAACCAUGACCUGGCGUUUGCUGCAUUCUUGGGGCUUCUUCCAAGCCCUCCUGACGGUUCAGAUUUCUCGGAGACUUGGAAGGAGUAUGCGAUUAAUGAGAAAAGAGAAGGUUGGUAUAAGGGUGAUGGGUAUGAGAAUAUGCACUUGCAAGCAAGGAGGUGGGCUGGCAGGAUGACUGGUUUUAAUCAUGCCAAGAACACUGAGUACAAGGGAUCAAUUUAUGAUGCCCGUCCCACUUUUGAGUCCUACGGUGUCCCACAUGGUUCCGCUGAUUUGAUUAAGGCAGUUCCUGAUGAGCACAAGAAAUUUCUUGCUGAUUUGGUUUGGGUACAUGAAGAGGAUAAUGUCAGCAUAGAAACCAAUGAAGGACUGCAGAAUUGUAAGCUGAUCGCUGUACAUGCCGGUUUGGAGAAAGAUAAACGGGUCGAGGAGCAACUAAAAUAUCUGAAAGCCAAGGACACUAGAAUCUCUAAGGUUGAACCUCUCAGUGGAAGAAAGAACGUGUGGAACAUCCCAGAGGAAUUAUCCAAAACUCCAACUAUUGUGAUAAGCGGUCACCAUGCAAAGGUCCAUAUUGAAGGCUUGAGACUGAUAAUAGAUCGGGGUGGUGGCAUAGAGGAUAAUCCUGUGGCUGCAGUUUUGCUCCCGUCGAAGAAACUAGUGCUCGACACUGAUCAAUUGGAAAGAUAGCUUCAGAUAUUCUGUCAGCUCAAUUUCUCAAAGCAUUCUAAAUUUUUAAUGGGAAAUGCUGGGUGCCGAACCUUUUCCAGCUCAGCUAAUGAUGAUGGCAAAUGAGUUGGGAAUUUAUUUUUUGCUGCCCGUUGUCUCUACCUUCUAAUACUGAAUAACAGUCGAGUCUACACUCAGUAAAAUAAGUCAUUCUUGGCGUUGCAUAAUGAAGUUUGGAAUAGUCUCGUUGUCUUAUAAGAAGGCCAUAGAAAGUGGCUACUGUGAUGUGUUAGUUCUAUUGAUGCUAUCACUGAAUUUGGUAAUUGUCUCUUUAAGUUAUAUAAUAUGCUUCGCCGCCCUUUUGUAUGAUUUCCAAAAUUUUA